AUGGGAGGAAAGAUCAAUUCAAGUGUAAAUCGUGAAAGAAGGCCUCUUGUAUUUAGGUUACAUGGUCAAAAUUACCACAAGAUUGAAAGUUUAUUUCUGCCAGAAGGUUCACCGCCAAAGUUUGCUCAAUUAUAUAUUUAUGACACUGAAAAUGAAGUGUCAAAUGGAAUACAAGCUGUCAGCCAAAAUCUCGACAUCAAGAAACUGCACACUGAGGUUGUUCAUAACUUGAAGAUGAUGCUUGAUCAACAUAAUGUUUUAGUUAAGUUAUUUAGAAUGAUUGAGAAGAUCUUACGGAGCAGUGUAAAAAGUCUCCGUGACUUUCUAAUGAUGCAUCUCUCUGGCACCAUUGAUGUUUCUUGCCACCAAAAUAACCUUAUCCAGAAUGAGCUGCGCUAUGAUAGAAUUGCUUUGGCUGAAGACCAUAAUAAGUUUGUAUUAAAUCUCACAACUGAACAAAAAAGUGUUUAUGAAACAAUUAUGGGUGCUGUUGAAGAUGUCAAAUCCGAUAUAUUCUUUGUGUAUGGAUAUGGAGGUACUGGAAAAACUUUUAUCUGGAAAACUUUAUCAGUAGCAUUGAGAUCGAAGGGCAAAAUUGUGUUGACUAUAGCAUUGAGUGGUAUAGCAUCUCUUCUUUUAUCAGGAGAUAGGACAACACAUUCAAGACAAAUUUUACCUGUUAUCCUAAAAGGAAUUAGGCAAGACAUUGUUCUCGCAACUUUAAACUCAUCAUAUUUAUGGAAAUAUUGUAAAGUUUUGAAGUUGACAAAAAACAUGAGACUUCAAAGUAUUGACUCAGACAUUGAUAAGGAUGAAUUGAAGGCUUUUUCAGAAUGGAUAUCAUGUAUUGGAGAUGGAACAAUUGGCAGUCCGAAUGAUGGUCAUGUAAUGAUUAAUAGACCUGAUGAUCUUUUGAUAAAUGAUACAGAAGAUUCAGUUGCAUCUGUUGUAAAUAGCACAUCUGAUUUGAACAUUGAUCUUAUAGGAGAUCUUCAUAUAUCUAAAUUUUUGAAUGCUAUAAAAUGCUCUGAGGUGCCUAAUCAUCAUUUGAAAUUGAUGGUCGGUUUCCCCAUUAUACUAUUAAGAAAUGUUGAUCAUUAUUCGGGGUUGUGCAAUGGGACUAGAUUGGUUAUUACAAGGCUUGGCAAUAAUGUUCUCGAAGGAAAAGUUAUUUCAGAAAGCAAUGCCGGGUUUAAGGUUUUUUAUUCCAAGAAUGACUUUAACUUCAUUGGACCCAAGGUUGCCUUUUAA